GCCGCUAGGGUUUCUCCUCUCUAUUUUUCCCCUCCUUGUGCUCCCCCUCCACUUCCCCGACGCCCCGCUAGGGUUUUGCCUCCUCCCCGCCGCCGCCGCCGCCGGCGCUGCAGCGAGCGAGACCCAGGGGUUGAGAGCGAGCGGAGCUUCAGCCAUGUCGCUGCGCCCGAGCGAGCGGGUCGAGGUGCGGCGGAACCGCUACAAGGUGGCGGUGGACGCGGAGGAGGGGCGGCGGCGGCGCGAGGACAACAUGGUGGAGAUCCGCAAGAACCGCCGCGAGGAGAGCCUCCUCAAGAAGCGCCGAGAGGGGCUCCAGGCCCAGGUCCCCGUCCCCGCCUCCGGUGUCGAGAAGAAGCUUGAAAGCCUCCCAGCUAUGGUUAGUGGAGUUUAUUCGGAUGACAACAACAUUCAGCUUGAGGCCACAACACAGUUCCGCAAGUUGCUCUCUAUAGAGAGGAGCCCCCCGAUUGAAGAAGUUAUCCAAUCGGGUGUUGUUCCUAGAUUUGUGCAGUCCCUCACCAGAGAGGACUUCCCUCAACUGCAGUUUGAAGCAGCAUGGGCACUUACAAAUAUUGCUUCUGGAACUUCGGAAAAUACGAAGGUUGUAAUUGAUCAUGGGGCUGUUCCAAUAUUUGUGCAGCUUCUUCAGUCUGCUAGUGAUGACGUUCGUGAACAGGCUGUGUGGGCUUUGGGCAAUGUUGCUGGUGAUUCUCCAAAGUGCCGUGACCUUGUUCUCGCCAAUGGUGCGCUGAUGCCUCUGCUAGCCCAGCUGAAUGAGCAUGCUAAGCUCUCCAUGUUGAGGAAUGCUACCUGGACACUGUCAAACUUCUGCAGGGGAAAGCCGCAGCCAUCAUUUGAUCAGACUAAGCCUGCUCUGCCAGCACUUGCUCGACUUAUCCAUUCCAAUGAUGAGGAAGUUCUCACCGAUGCUUGCUGGGCUCUUUCGUACUUAUCUGAUGGCACUAAUGACAAGAUCCAAGCUGUGAUUGAAGCUGGUGUUUGUCCCCGCCUUGUAGAGCUCCUCCUCCAUCCAUCACCGUCAGUGCUUAUACCUGCUCUACGCACUGUUGGAAACAUUGUCACUGGAGAUGAUUUGCAAACACAGUGCAUAAUUGAUCAUCAAGCUCUUCCCUGCCUCCUGAACCUAUUGACGCAGAACCACAAGAAAAGCAUUAAGAAAGAGGCUUGCUGGACAAUUUCAAAUAUUACUGCUGGAAACAAAGACCAGAUACAGGCUGUUAUAAAUGCUGGAAUUAUCGCCCCUUUGUUGCAACUGCUCCAAACAGCAGAGUUUGAUAUUAAGAAAGAGGCUGCUUGGGCCAUCUCAAAUGCUACCUCAGGUGGUUCCCAUGAGCAAAUCAAGUAUUUGGUGUCUGAGGGCUGCAUCAAGCCAUUGUGUGACCUUCUUGUUUGCCCUGAUCCAAGAAUUGUAACAGUGUGUUUGGAGGGUCUUGAGAACAUCCUCAAAGUUGGUGAGCAUGACAAGACCGCGGGCGCAACAGGUGACAUCAAUGUCUUUGCUCAGAUGAUUGAUGAACACGAAGGCUUGGAAAAGAUCGAGAACCUACAGAGCCACGAUAACAACGAAAUCUAUGAAAAGGCUGUGAAGCUUCUUGAGGCAUACUGGAUGGAGGAGGAAGAUGAUGCAAUGGCAACUGUUGGGGAAGCUGCUCCCGCUGUUUUUGACUUUGGCCAAGGUGGCAACCCUCCAGCUGGCUUCAAUUAAAUACAGUCUUUUAACCAAAGGGUGGCAAUUUCCUGGCGAUGGCUUCGGAGUUGGCUUGUCAUGAGUAGUCAAUGUAGUACGUUUGAUUCCAUGUUUGGGAUAAUGGCUGUGGUGGGUACAAUAAGCUUGAGUUUUCGAGGGAGCUGGGUUAACAUUAUUCCCAUGUGAGUCAUGGUAUCAGUAUCGCAGGGUCUGUAACAGGAUUAUACUUGUCAACCUGAGUCUGGAUUUUUGAGAAGGCUACUCUCUAGGGUUUGUUCGUUUAGUUUGGUGUGUUAUAUCUGGCUACUGUAUAGCCCGAGCCGAAGCGUCUGCAAGACAUUCCUGAAUGGUUUGGUUUUGAGUUUCUUCAGGAAUGGGCUGCGUUGCCCAAAGUAUCUUACAUAUUCUAUAAACUGCCACUUUGCUACUUUCA